CAGCUGAAGGUACCACAGCCAACUGUACACAAAUAUAAAUAAAAAAGAAAAGGUUAGUCCACACAGGCACUGCGCUGUUCAGGAAGGAGCGCACUGUUCACCCACCGCGAGGAAAGUUCUACAUCACCGUGGUCUGAAAGGCCGUCACACAAGGAAGAAGCCGCUACUCCGAGACUGGCACAGAAAAGCCAGACGGAAGUGUGCAGGUGAUCAGCAGGCUCGUGGAGGAGAGUUCAGACCGAGCUGUGUACGGAGAAGAAAAGAGAGCGGAUUUAAUCAGGAGAACCUCGUCCUAACCGUGAAGCACGGUGCUGGUGGCAUCAUGUCGUGGGGUGUUUUACUGGGAAAGAUCCCGAAGCACUUCAGAUAAUGGAUGAGAUCAUGUGGAAGGACGAUUAACUAGAAAUACUCGAGACAUCAGGCAGAAGGUUUAAGCUUGGUCACAACUGGGUCUUCCAGCAGGACAGCGCUCCUAAUCACACCUCCAAAACUGUAACAAAAUGGAGGGAAAGCCUUGAGCUGAAGGAGUGUGUCUGAGCGAGGAGGAACACGAACCUGACCGAGUUCCAGAAGAUCUCUCAGGAGGAACACGAACCUGACCGAGUUCCAGAAGAUCUCUCAGGAGGAACACGAACCUGACCGAGUUCCAGAAGAUCUCUCAGGAGGAACACGAACCUGACCGAGUUCCAGAAGAUCUCUCAGGAGGAACACGAGGAAAUUCCAGUGAAGUAUUGCUAGAAACUUGUGGAAGGCAACAACAAGUGUGACCACUGCAUGAAAGAGGAAGCGGAACUUCACACGGAUCUGAAAUUACAAACUGGACCUGGAAAUGGGCACAAAAGCACUUCAUCACUGAGGAAUCAACAGAACGGAUUAUUUUCAUCACCAAUCCUAAUUUACUCCCAAACCAACACAACUCCCUGCAGCACAAUGCGCUUGGAGAGGUUCUGCUUUUGCGUCUGCGCUCGUGCCCGUGAUCUGGUCCGCUUUAUUUGAAGGCGCGCGUAGCAUCACGGGAGGAGGGAGGGAGUGAGGAAGUGAAGGAGGGAGGGAGGGGCGAGAUGAGGCUGGUUCUGGUCCAACCCACCAAUGAGACGAGCCGCGUGGACUCGACGGUGGGGGCCUCCGCCGGCGCCGCACGCAACACCGUGAGCGAGAGCGCGCCGAAGCGGCUCGGUCCGCAGCCCGCCGCACGCGACCAGCAGGAGGAGGAGGAGGAGGAGGAGGCGGUGAUGCGGCAUCGAGACUCGCGCGCUGUCCGACAGCAGCAACAGCAGAGACCGCACGCAGCAUCGCCAUCCUCAUACUCAGCAGUGCCGUUUUACACCCUGCCGCCUCCACCGCCGCCGCCGCCGUCUCACAGUGCGCGUGGACACCGGAAACCGCCCAGCGCGACCGGACAACUGCAACGGGGCGGCGCACGAGAACCGUCAUCAUCAUCAUCACCAUCAUCACAAAGUCAAGGCGCCGAGUCGAGUCUCGCGAACAGCCAGCGGCGCAGCUGCACCUUCACGAAACCGUCAGCUCGAGCUCUCUGCUCCGUUUCCCCGGAAUCUAUCGGUGACCCCGCCUGGUGCGGCUCGCGAUUGGCGGAGGAUCGGUCUCGAGGGAACCAGUGGAGCAAACCUGCGCAUCGUCUCUCGUGCAGCUGCGGAAAAGAAGGCGGGUCGUUGCCGGAAGAGCAGCAACAACUGCAGCAGCCACAACAAACGCUACAGCAGAUCAGCAGCAGCAGCAGCAGCAGCAAUCCGUUCACCGCUCUGCUGCUGCAAAACCCGCCAGCGGCACCUUCAUCAUCAUCACCGCUAUCUUCAUCAUCAUCAUCAGCGCAACAGCAUCAGCAACAGCAUCAGCAUCAGCCGCCGCGCGCUCCCGCGGGCCAGCCGCCCGAAACCGCCGCUCACGCGCUCCAGGACCCGCAGGCGGCUCGGUUGCAGGUGCAGCAGCAGCGGCUCGUGAGGAGCAGUCUCCCCGAGAGCUGCGCGAGAGGAACACCGCAGGAGCUGUGCGCGCAGCGGCCCUGUGGCAUACAGCAACAACAACAACAGCAGCAGCAACAGGGCGCGCGAGCGGAAUGGCACCGUGACGGAGACACGAACCCGAGCGCAGAGCACGAGCCUCAGAGAAACCAAGGACAUCAGGUGAGUGCGGAUGGCAGCAGGCUGAGCCAUGCUCGGUCGCGGUCUUCGCUGUCGCCCGGCGGCCCCGCGCUCCCUCAGAUAGCCAUGAACAGCUGUAAGUACAAUGGCGGCGUGGUGAGACCGCUGGGCAGCAGGAACCUGGCCGAUCUGGACUCGGAGACACAGCCGCUGCAGACGCUCCACACUUCCGGCCUCGAGGUCGUGGUGUCAAAGGGCAACGGCGACGAGCCGGGCAAGCCGCUGCGCGAGGAUGCCAGCAACGCACCGCACAAAAGGAACAAGGACAUCGGCUACAAGCUCGGCCAUCGGAGGGCGCUGUUUGAAAAGCGCAAGCGCCUCAGCGACUACGCCCUCAUCUUCGGCAUGUUUGGCAUCGUCGUCAUGGUGACGGAGACGGAGCUCUCGUGGGGGGUUUACACAAAGGAAUCCUCAUAUUCAUUUGCACUGAAAUGCCUUAUCAGCCUUUCCACUCUAAUCCUCCUCGGUCUGAUUAUUAUGUAUCAUGCACGAGAAAUUCAGCUUUUCAUGGUGGACAACGGAGCGGACGAUUGGCGGAUAGCAAUGACUUACGAGCGCAUUCUGUUCAUCGUGCUGGAGCUUCUGGUGUGCGCCAUCCACCCAAUCCCGGGACAGUACGUUUUCACGUGGACAGCACGGUUGGCGUUCACGUACACACCGUCUGUGGCCGACGCUGACGUGGACAUCAUCCUGUCCAUCCCCAUGUUCCUGCGUCUCUAUUUAAUCGGCCGUGUCAUGCUGCUGCACAGCAAACUGUUCACGGACGCUUCGUCGCGCAGCAUCGGCGCCCUCAACAAGAUCAACUUCAACACACGCUUCGUCAUGAAGACCCUCAUGACCAUCUGCCCCGGCACCGUGUUGCUGGUCUUCAGCAUCUCCUCGUGGAUCAUUGCUGCCUGGACGGUGCGCGUGUGUGAAAGAUAUCACGAUAAACAGGAAGUGACGAGUAACUUCCUGGGUGCGAUGUGGUUGAUCUCCAUCACCUUCCUGUCCAUUGGAUAUGGAGACAUGGUGCCACACACCUACUGCGGGAAAGGAGUGUGUCUGCUGACGGGAAUCAUGGGGGCGGGCUGCACUGCGCUGGUGGUCGCAGUGGUGGCCAGGAAGCUCGAGUUGACCAAGGCAGAGAAACAUGUGCAUAACUUUAUGAUGGACACUCAACUCUGCAAAAGAGUGAAGAACACGGCUGCUAACGUACUCAGGGAAACGUGGCUCAUCUACAAACACACCAAGCUCGUGAAGAAGAUCGACCAUGCCAAGGUCAGGAAACACCAGCGCAAGUUCCUGCAGGCGAUCCACCAACUGCGCAGUGUGAAGAUGGAACAGAGGAAGUUGAACGAUCAAGCCAACACACUCGUUGACUUAGCCAAGACGCAGAAUGUGAUGUAUGACCUGGUGUCGGAGCUGCAGGAGCGCAGUGAGGAACUGGAUAAGCGGAUCAGUCAUUUGGAGGAGAAGCUGGACUCCAUCGCUCUGAGCGUCCAGUCUCUCCCCGAGCUGCUGAACCGAGCCAUAACGCAGCAGCAGCGCCACCUGCUGGACGGCCUCAUCCACCACUCCACACACUCCACACACUCCACACACUCAUCACACUCCUCACACACCAGCUCGGCAUCCGUGCGCCGCCGGAGGUCGCCGUCCACCGCUCCUCACACGUCCUCUGACAGCGGCUAACACACACAUACAUACACACACAUUAUAGACACACGUGUGCUUCUCUGACUAACACGGCUCGAGAAAAAAAGACUUCAAUGACUUUAACACACUGACACGAAAAAAGAAGAAAAAAAGAAAUAAAAAUUACGUAAUGAGUUAACAGUUCAUGGUAGACAUAUGGUUUACGUUUAGCCAUUGUAUGGCUGUUUAAAGUUAGCUUUUUUGUAAAAGCCCUUGUAUAGUUUACGGACUGGAUCCAGGGUGUGGGGGGGGGGCGCACACACACACACACACACUCAUAUACACACACUCGCACACUAAUACACACUGCUGGCUGAGAAAAUGUCGUCUUUUCUCAUGAUGAAGGACAUCAGCGGAGGAUAAAGCGGGACGGAGAGACGCGGGACUGAGCGAUGGUCGCGGGAUAACACACGGGCCUUUGGGAGCUCUGAACCUGAGCAAAGAAAAAAAAAACGCCAAAAUAUAUCAAAAACACACACAGAAUUAUUCGUAAUGUUAAAGCCACAGAACACACACUCGCCACUGAUCGUCCGAAUCUAACUCCUAACCAAAACAAGCAGGAAAACUAAUCUGGUGUAUUUUUACACGAAGAUGAAGAGCGAUAGUUUACAGCCGUGCCCCGGGGUUUGUGGUGGUGUUGUUUUUUUUUUUGUUUGUUUGUUUGUUUGUUUUUUUACAAAGCAUGCUGGGUAAAAGUGUCAGGUUUGAAAAUCGAAUCACUGUGUGCAAGCGUACGCUUUAUUAUCUGUGUCUUUCAGCUUUUCUUUUCAUCACUGUUUAUUUCCAGUGCUGUGCCUGUCGGGAUAUUUUACUGAAACACUCCUUUUUUCCAUUGCUUUCUUUCUUUUAUUUUGAUUUUUUUUAUUUCUAAAAAAAAUAUAUUUUACAAAAUGUACGCAAGUGCCCAAAAACAGAUUUUACGGUGACACGUCUUUAAGGUGUGUGCUGAUGAGUUUUUAUAUCGCGGUAGUUUUAUCACGGUUUACGAUAUUAUCACGAUAUUAUUGUCCUGAAACAGAAGUAUGUGGUGUAUGUGGUAUGUGGUGAUCGUGGUGGAACCUCAAAUUACAGAUUAGCAUCUCGACAUAAGCUGUUUUUUCUUUAAGCGUAUUUUAUAGUGAUGUUUGCCAGAUAAAUAGCUGUCUAAUUAAACUAUAAAAUAAAGUUCAGUCAUUUAAAAAAUAAGCAUAUUAUUUUUAUAUUAUAUUACUAGUACAAUCCCCUCAGCUAGCCUUGUAUUUAUAGAAUGGUAGUAGCUAGCCAACUCACAUCUGAGCAAGUUAUUUAGCUAGUUAUGCAUAACCUUUUCUUCGUCCCUCAGCGUAUUGCUAGCCCGUUAGUUAUAUGUAAAAUCUUCUAAACUAAAGAAAACUUCACUUAAAUUCACUUAAACUGAACACAUUCACUUAACUUUUCUCCUAUUUUUCCAUUUAAAAGACUCGAUUAGCGUAACAGCACCUCUGUGUUCAGCUAACAUGGGUGAUAAACAGAUCGUCGUUGUCAUGGUAACUUUAAAUUAUAUUCCAACGUGUUCGGCUGCUGUUAAACGAAUCAGAAAGACAAACGAGGAUGUCUAAUCAAACCCCUGAAACCGUGACUAAUCCGAGCUAGCUUAUUAGCAGUUAGAUUCCUGGCUAGCGUAGAGGGUGAUGAGGGUGGAGACGUAGCGGCGCUCCUCAGUUUUAUUCGUGUUUACUGACUCACAGUUAAUGCGUUAUUCGGUAAAUAUGACAUUUAUCGGUUUAAAAUGAAAAUCGCUCGAUAUUUAUCUUUAGCUACAUGCGCCACUGUUGUUGUAACGUUUUACUUUUUCAGAAUUAAAAAAUGUAAUUUGCAGGUAAAACAGCAGCCCACCACCACCACCACACCGCUGAAGGGAAUUAUGGGAUUGCGUUCCCACAGAGUCGCGUUCUCUGGUUGGUCGUGAGGAUCGUGAUGUUAUCGUAUAUCUGAUUAUCGGCACAUUCCUGACGUCUGCUGGACCUCAGAGGCUGAAGGUCGCUGAUGAUAAUGAUGAUGAUGAUGAUGAUGUUGUGGAGGUAAACGCGGGUGUUUGGAGGUGUGUGCUAUAAACAGAGACAUUUUACUCAGAGCUUCCAAGGGUCCUCGCGGCUCAGCACUGGGACUUUGGCGGUGGAAACGCGGCGGACGUUCGACCCACCGAUGCAUGUUUCAAUGCAAACGAGGACUGAGCUAACCUAUGGGACGGCUUUAGGUUCAUUUCUUCCUUUCUCUUCCUUGAUUUUUAAUUUUUUUUUAACAAAAAAGAUUCCUUUUUUAUGAUUUAUCUAGGAUUUUUAUAGCUUGUAGAGGAGAUUAACUAUAAUAAUUCCUACAGAGUGGCAGCAUAGUUGAAUUCAUGCAUUCCUUAGAUCAAAGACCAAAAAACACCAAGAAUUAAAAAAAAAAAAAAGACAAAGAA